UCGCUGUGUUUGAAUUUGUUGGCGGUUACAGCGCGCGACCGCGAUCACUCACCGUCACUGAGAAACCUGCGUCCGCCCCGCCCCCCGCCCCACUAACGGAUACCGUUAUCGAGAGUCUCUCUUCCUUUACCGGCGACCACCACCGACAGAUCUUGCCUCAUCAGAUACCGCCGCCGAGAGGUCCUCCUCCUCUCACCGGGAGCUGCCACCGAGAUAUCCUUUUCUCGCCCUCACGAUGGAAGUUUACCUACAGCAGCAUCGAAAAUACUACUACUACCAGGAGCGCCUGGACACCUUUAAGAACUGGCCCUUCACCAAUGAUUGCGUGUGCACUCCGGAGAACAUGGCUGCUGCAGGUUUUAUUCACACCCCAAGUGAGAAUGGUCCUGAUGUUGCUCAGUGCUUCUUUUGUUACAAAGAGCUGGAAGGAUGGGAACCUCAAGAUGAACCAUUAGUUGAACAUCAAAGCCAUUCUUCAAAGUGUGCUUUCAUCCUGUUGAAGAAGAAGUUUGAAGAUUUAACAACAGAAGAAUUUCUCAAGUUGGACAAGGAGAGAGUAAAGAAUAUCAUGAAGAAACAAGUCACCGAAAGAAUUGAGUCGUUUGAGCAAGAGGCAAAAGUUACAAGAAGCACAAUUGAAGACUUUGUUACUAAAGAUUGCUACUGAUGCAAGAUUUUCUUUUUUCAAGAAAGUGCUUUCCCAGAGAAAAAUCUGGUUAACUCGUUUGAGCUUCUGAAAGAAUCCUCAAACUGAGGAUUAUGUCUAUGUAUUGUACAGCAUACUUUUAGAAUUGUCUGUUACCUUCUAGGAUGUGAAUAGAUAAGUGAUUUCUUGUUAGUUUUGACUAAAGUAUUUAGAUCUUGAUUUUCUUUUCCUAUUCUGGUUAAAGUAAUCUCAUUGUAUUGUUAGCAAAUCAGGUCAUCACUACGAAUGGAAAUAUUAAGAGGCUUAAGAAAGAAAUGUUCCAGAGGGAUAAGAUUCAUUUUUGGGGUGAUGUCUUUUUCACUUUAUACAUUAGUCUUCAAUUUACAUUUAUAUCACUGCUUAACACUGUCACAUUUGUCCAGUGCAAAAGUAUCUAGCUAUUGAUCGGGCACUUCAGGAUCUAUUGUCUAGUAGAAUAUAGUAGACUUGCACUCAGUAUGGAUGACUUGAUUGUUUUGGAUCUUAAUGCAUUAAUGGUCUAAUUUUUGUAAACAUACUAUAUUUAUGUUGUGAGUGGGUCUAUUCCUGAAUUUUCAAUUGAAUCAACUAUUUUCAGUAUUCUUGUCAAGGAACUUGGCUUGAUGCAUAAAGAGCUAUCAGUGUUGCAGGCCUGUACUGUGGUUGACAAAAGAAUGAUUUAAACAUUUGCAGGUGUAACUGAUGAUAACUCAGUCUUAUUGUCUGACUGUGUGGCCAGAUAGCUGAGUUGGUCAGAAUGUUGUGCUAAUGAUGCCAUGCUGCAGAUUUGAUCCCUGUGUGGGCCAGUAAAAAGCUUGCAGUGAUAGAAUCCCUGCCUUUGCAAGUCCAGGCUCCAGUCCCAUCUUCUCCAGAGGUGUGUGAUUAAAAUCUGUGAAUAGUGUUUUUUUUUAAAAGUGACUGCAGCAGUUAAAGCACUGACAUACUUGACCUUACAGCCUUGGCUGUGUCUGAUUCAGGAAUUAAUUGAAAUGCAUGAUGAUUUUUCUUCCCAGAAACGGUGAUUUGGUAAUUCAUGGCACCAUCCUAAAUUAUGGCACAAUUGUCCUCAUCAAAAUCACCUUAUCCAUCUGCUUUUAUAUGAGGAUUCAGUCUUUAAAUAACAGUGGCCUAAAUGUUGAGAUUGGAAAGAAGACACUGAUUCAAAUGUUUUUGAAAUUGAAUAAAACAAUUGAAAUCUCACUCCCUUUUUUGUUGUUGUGUAAGAGCCAACACAUGUGGAACAAGGUGAGUGCACGAAAUCAGGAUCUUGAUCAGCAAUGUUCUAACUGAAAGUUGGAACAGCCUAGACAGCUGAAUAGUCCACUAUUCAUUAAUAUUAUAUUCUCUGUCAGGUAUUCUUUUGUGUUAUUUCACUUGGAUUAUUCAGGCAGUCCUAGGGUUAUGAAUGGGUCUGCUCUUGUGUAUGUUUGUCAAUUUGUGUGUAAGUUGGAACACAAUAGACUAAAAUAUAAAAUAGCUGGUUGUAAGUAUGAGGAAACAUUUGCAUGUUGAGAUCUUUAAAAUUAAUACAUUCCUAUAUGCAAUCUAGUUCAUAAGUACAAGCAAUCAUAUGUUGGGGCCUGCCUGGAGCAAUCUGGUAACUGCAUUAUGACAGGUGCAGUGAUUUUUAUCGUGUAACUUUACCACGAAAUAAGAAAGUUUUAAUGUGUUGCUUUGGCAAGGAUGUGACUGAUGCAUUUAUGAGGAUAUGGUUUAGAAUCAGAAGUGAGCCAUUUAGCUGAUUGUAUGCUGUUGGCUGCAAUCCAUACUCUGGAAACAAAAGUCGAAUUGCCCUAUAAUAAACUAACCAACCAAAACCAAAUUCCUGUAUGACUUCUAUAUUUUAAAAAAUAGAAAUUGCAGGACAGUCUCAGCAGAAUCUGGAGCACCGAUAGAAAGAAAUCAGAGUUAGUGGCAACAUGGUGGCUCAGUGGUUAACACUGCUACCUCACAGCGCCAGGGAUCCAGGUUCAAUUCCACGCUUGGGCGACUGUCUUUGAGGAGUUUGCACAUUCUCCCCGUGUUUGUGUGUGUUCCCUCCCAUAGCCCAAAAAUGUACAAGCUAGAUGGAUUGGCUGUGCUGAAUUGCCCAUAGUGUUCAGGGAUGUACAGAUUAAUUGGGUUACAGGGGGAUGGGACUGGGUGGGAUGCUCCUGUGGUUGGUGUGGACUUCUUGGGCUGAAGGGCCAGUUUCCACAUUGUAGAGAUUCUGUGAAAUCGGAGUUAACGUUUUGGGUCCAGUGACUCUUCUUAAAAAAUGGCUUCCUUUUUUUUUGGUGACAGACCUAGGUUCAGGAAAACUGUAUAAACUGCUAUGUAAAAGACUGCUACAGUAGCCCAAUUAAAGAAAUACAUUGCAAUUUAAUAAACAAGUGUGGUGUCAAAAUUA